AACAGCCAGCAGGCACAUAGUGGACAUUAGCCAGAGAGAGAGUGAAACAACAAGGUCUGUUUAGAAGGUCUUUGCACUUUAACGCUCGCAACUGCUUUUCUCUGUUGAAGGCAAACCAUUCAGCAUGCUGCGAGGCAGCUUUGUCUUUACACCCACGGCCUUGCGUUCUCUUGAACUUGACGAGGAAAUGCUGGAGAGAUACAAGCACAAGAGGCAGAUGGCCUACCAUCAUCUCAAUAGCUAUAUGUGGAAGAGGGAGGCCAGGGAGAGAGAACAGCUGAGGUCCAGCUCCGCUCUUCCACCAGCAUUGUGCCAAGAUGUGGUUAUUCAGAACGCUUUAUAUACAGGAGACCUGGAGGCUAUGCAGCGCCUCUUUCCUAGAGGAUCCACAGCAAACCUCAUCAUUGAGCCACAGGGAGGGGACAUGCGCUGGGUCGCCAGAGGGGAAGGACUGUGGUCACUGACUUAUGAGCAGGAACUGACCACGCCACUUCACAUCACAGCCGGUCGAGGCUUCACAGACUGCCUGAAACUCCUGCUGCAACGCGGGGCCAAUGUAGACCUCGCGCCCGGUGGCACCACUGCCCUCCACGAGUCGUGUGAAAACUGCCAGCCAGAGUGCACCAAACUGCUGCUGAUCCACGGCGCCAACGCCAACGCUGUCUCUGAAGACGGCCUCAUGCCUUUGCACGUUUGCACGAGUCCAGAAUCUUUUGACUGUGCCAAAUAUCUCCUUCAGUACGGAGCAGCAAUCGGUGGUCAGACUCUCGAUGACAGUGACACUCCUUUACAUGUGGCGGCCAGGAGCGGCCUGCCAGACCACACUGAGCUGUACCUGCGAUACGGAGCGACUGUGGACAAACAGAACGACGAGGGUCUCACACCUCUCAAUGUGGCUUGUUCUCAGCCUCAGCAGGUGCAGGACCUCCAGCGUUACUUCAAGGUGUGCCGGAUGCUGCUGGGAGCGGGGGCUGACGUCCACACCACGGACCAAGACAAACACACUCCUUUGCACAUGGCCUGUAAGAAUGCAAAUCCAGACAUCGUGGAUCUGCUCCUGGCUAACGGGGCCCAUGUUAACAACAUGGACUACGGUGGUGAGACUGCCCUGCACAACAUUCUAAAGGUGGUGUGCUACAAGGUUUCCCAUCACCCAGAGAGGAUCGUCCGUGCUCUGCUCAACCAUGGUUCUAUCCGCGUGUGGCCUGGAGCUCUACCAGUGGUUUUGAAGCACUGCUCUGAGUCUCCACACACCAUCGAGGUUCUUCUCAACGCCUACAGUCACCUCAAAGUCACAGACACCUGGGUCGAGUCCGUCUCUACAGAGGCAUUUAAGGAGCACAAAGAGUUUUAUGAGUCAGUCUUCUCCUUGACGCUGACACCUCGCUCCCUGCAGCACUUGGCACGCUGCAGACUCAGGAGCUUCCUGGAGGGCCGAGUGCACCAGGUGGUGCCAAAACUCGACCUCCCCACCUUCAUUAAGAACUACCUGCUCCUGGAAUUUAGAGGCUACGUCCACUGAAGAGAACAUUACUCAGACGUAUAAUAUUGUGGAUUGUAUUUUUUUUUUUUGGUGCCAUGAGUGACCUUUUAAGGAGAUAGAAGCAGCUGCUAUUUUCUCUUUUAUUCCAUAUCAAUCUCUCAGCACAGUGAUGUGUUUGAUUUUUCACCACAGGAGGGCGCUAUAGACUUGAGUUGACGAAGUAUAGGUUACCAAAGCAACUGUGUUUUACAUUUCAUUUAAUGUGUGAUCACAUUUUGUAUCGCUGCACUUGAUAGUGAAGAUGCUAUCCUGCGUUUAUUUGAUUUAUUUUUUUAUAAAUAAUAAUACAAAUUGAACAAUAACUCCCAGGGUUUUACUUCAAAUUGUUCAUUAAUAAAUAUGUAUUAUUGCCCAUCGAUAUGAUUGUACUUAAUUAGUUUUAUAUUAGACCAGGUACAAAAUAAAAAUAUUCUACCAUGUAAUUUCUCUUUU